AUGGACCCAAGAAUGCAACAAUUCCUCGAGGAGGAAAAGCGAAAAGCCGUGUUCAACGAAGUCGUCGCGCAACUCGCCUCGGUGUGCUUCGAGAAGUGCGUCAGUAGCCCGAGCUCGAAAUUGAGUUCGUACGAAGGGACGUGUUUGAGUCACUGCGCGUUGAGGUACAUGGAAAGCGGACAGGUGAUUUUAGGGAAAAUGCAAGGGCAAUAG